AUGAAGUUUGCAGUACCAAGAAUAUGGAGGGAGCCCACUAAUCACAUCAGUGAUUGCUACUUUUGUCUUGUCAAUCCACGUAAGCGUCGGGCUGGCAAAAAUGCCAAAAAGAUUCAGUACCCAGAAUUGCCAUCAACAACCGCUCCGGUACCCCACAGUGAACAUUUUCCUGUGCCUUCUCGUUCCAAUUUGAAGGAAGAGCUCCCGCUAUCACAAGAUUGUAGUAGUAGCGAAGGCAGCGAAUUCUUAAUCAAAUCAGUGUCUGUUGAACCACAUCUUAUUAAUUCAGAAGAGUUUAAUGAUUUAGUAAGAGACUUAAACCUACCUAAAAUUAAAGCAGAAAUAUUAGCUUCACGGCUAAAACAGUGGAAUUUGCUCAAGCAGGAUGUUAAUAUAAGUGAUCAAAGAAAGCGUCAUGAAAUAUUUUCUGGAUUUUUUACAAAGAAAGACGGACUGUGUUAUUGCAAUGACGUGAAAGGUUUAUUUGAUGCGAUCGGAAUCCCUUGUGUUUCUUCUGAGUGGCGUCUUUUCAUCGACAGCUCUACAAAAAGUUUAAAAGCAGUCCUCCUUCACAAUGGAAAUAAAUUUCCAUCACUACCUUUGGCUCAUUCUGCAAUGCUCAAAGAAAAUUACGAAAGCGUUAAAAUGGUGCUUCAAACUUUAAAGUAUGAAGAGUAUGCUUGGCCAGUUAUAGGGGAUUUCAAGAUGGUAGGUUUUCUGGUGGAUGUAUGCAGUGAAACGAAUCUACGCAACGCGGAGAUUUUCAAAGGCGUUAUAUUCUGCAAGAACUGCUCUCACCGAAUCUUCGAGGAUUUGUCUUCCACGAGGAAGAAAGUCAGGCCAAAGAGGAAUAGAAACGAAAACAGAGUUAUUGAGAUGGCGCAGAAUAUAACUAGCAGUUCGGAAAAAUCGAGAGAAGACAGUUCGCCCCAAAUGAAUUUUAUAGCCAAAAGAUCAAAAAGUUUAUGUAUAACCGAUGGUUCAGAUACGUCUGGUGAACUGCCUUUAAGCAGUUUCGAUUCCGAAAACUCCAAGCAGUUGAAAACUCAAGAAGAAGAUUCUAGCAAGAAGUUCACUAGUGAGCGUUGUUAUGAGCCACGAAAGGACAACGUAAGAUAA